CCUGGAAGAGACGGAGAACCCUCAGGAGGAUGCCGGGCAACGCGGACUUGAUGUGAGCAUCGUUACGGCAAGAUGUGAGAUGAACCGGGAGAAAACAGCGACCGAGGCCAACGACAUCAUGUUGGUCCGGAGCUCGCCCGUCCGAGGCCGAGCCAGAGUGAGUCACGCGGUGGUGGUGAUCUUCCUGGAGUUCUUCGCCUGGGGGCUGCUGACCACGCCCAUGCUGAAAGUCCUCCAUGAGACGUUUCCUCAGCACACCUUCCUGAUCAACGGCCUGGUUCACGGAGUGAAGGGUUUCCUGUCCUUCCUGUCAGCUCCUCUGAUUGGUGCGCUGUCAGACAUCUGGGGCAGGAAGUCCUUCCUCCUUAUGACGGUCUUCUUCACCUGUGCCCCCAUCCCCUUCAUGAGGAUCAGCCCCUGGUGGUAUUUCGCUCUGAUCUCAGUCUCAGGGAUCUUCGCCGUGACCUUCUCGGUGAUCUUCGCCUACGUCGCCGACAUCACAGAGGAACACGAGAGGAGCACCGCCUACGGCCUGGUGUCGGCGACCUUCGCGGCCAGCUUGGUGACGAGCCCGGCCAUCGGAGCCUACCUGUCGACCCGCUACGACGACAGCCUGGUGGUCCUGGUCGCCACGGUGAUCGCGGUGGCCGACAUCGCCUUCGUGUUCUUCGUCGUCCCCGAGUCUCUGCCGGACAAGAUGAGGCUGACGUCCUGGGGCUUCCCCAUCUCCUGGGAGCAGGCCGACCCCUUCGCUUCUCUGCGUCGUGUGGGGAAAGACACCACGGUGCUGCUGAUCUGCGUCACAGUGUUCCUCUCCUACCUGCCUGAGGCCGGACAGUACUCCAGCUUCUUCCUCUACCUGAGACAGGUGAUCGAGUUUUCUCCUGCAGCCAUCGCCGCCUUCAUCGCCAUGGUGGGAAUCCUCUCUAUAGUCGCUCAGACUCUCCUCCUCAGUGUUUUGAUGAGGACCAUCGGGAACAAGAACACGGUUCUUCUGGGUCUGGGCUUUCAGCUCUUCCAGCUGGCCUGGUACGGCUUCGGCUCCGAGCCCUGGAUGAUGUGGGCAGCAGGAACUGUAGCAGCCAUGUCCUCCAUCACCUUCCCAGCAGUCUCUGCUCUGGUGUCACACAGCGCGUCACCUGACCAGCAAGGUGUGGUUCAGGGGAUGAUCACCGGGAUCAGAGGUCUGUGUAACGGUCUGGGUCCGUGUCUCUACGGCUUCAUCUUCUUCCUCUUCAACGUGGAGCUGAACGACAUGGGGCCGAUGGCGGGAAGACCCACGCAGAACACAGAGAAGUCCGUCAUCCCCGGCCCUCCCUUCCUGUUCGGAGCGUGCGCCGUUGUAUUCGCUCUCAUUGUCGCCAUCUUCAUCCCCGAGCACCACCGGCUGGCCGACGUCAAGACCUGCUCCGCCCGCAAGUCCAGCGGCGGCGCUGCUGCGCACGCUCAGAACGCCAGCCCCCUGGCCACGCCCACCAGCGACGCGGAGGACAUCGAGCCGCUCCUGCAGGACAGCAGCAUGUGACUGACAGCUGGCCCGGCAAAUCGCGGCGCCGAGGCCUGAGCUCUGCUCUGCAGGUCCCGCCCCUUUUAAAACAAACCGAUUUCAGCUUUUAUUUUUUAAAUUUUUCUUUUGUUUCCUCAUAUCCAGAGUCACGCGACGUUAGACGGCAACCACGCUGACGAGCUGAUGUUCUUCUGAUUUACAUGACAGAUUCACAGCCUCAUUUUCUUUCAGCUGCACAAGCUUCAUCUUAAUAAAAGUUUAGAUGGAGUUUGUUUGUAGUUAAAAUAUUAAAGGAGCAGCUGCUGCUUCUGGUUCAGACUUCGACCUUUUUCUUGUCUUUGCAGAAAUCUGAACCAGAGUUAACGCAGCAACACACAACAUUUACAUUAUUAAUAUAAAGAAGCCAUUCUUCUACUUUAGAUCAACUUCCACCAUUGUUUAUACCUGAAGCCAUUUUCAGCUCCUUGCCCAGGUGAGCUCGGGCAGGUACGACCAAAGGGCUUUGAACCAUUCAUGAGUCUGUCGCCAUGAAACUCAGAAUGAACACAACUCAGAGAAAAACCAGAACCUGGUCUGGACUGAACCGGUCUGGUCUGGUCUGGUCAGAGUAAGAGCAGAUGAACCUGAAACUUGGAAAUAUUUUCAAAUGUUGAAAUAACCAAAACUCUUCAUUUAAAAGUGUGAUGAGGUCGUUGAUCGCCGAAGGAGAAAAACAUCUUACUACAGGCGGCUGUUGGUAUUUUCCCGCUGUAAUAUCAUUUAUAGAUCAGAUUGAGUUUCACUCAGACAGAAACUCUCUGGGUUUCUCCCGUAUGUUUGACCAGACAUCAGAAUAGAGGGACAGGUGUGACAGGGAGGAGCAUCAGAUGCACGAGUCACAUCACAGCUGCAGCAAUUAGUCAGGAAAUUAAUCAUCAACUAAUUAAAUAAUCUCUUAAGUAUUUCAGUUGUUUUUCAAGCAAAGAUGCCAAAUAUUCAGCUCCUUUCUUUAACUUUAUUAUUACAAAUAAAUGACAACACCAGGUCACCCCCCCCCCCCCCCCCCAUAUGGCGUAGACACAGUGACGGGGCCGUACUCGUGUGAAAACAUAUCAUUUGUGUUUGUUUAGAUUUUUUAUUGAGCAGCGGUCUGUGUUUAACGACGGAGUAUCAGGGCCACGCUGAGGGGGAACAUCUGAAAGAUGGAGAAUAAAGUCGUAAUAUUUCAGAAAACACACAAUCUUUUCUUUCUUAAGGAAUAUUACAAGCAACCAAGACUCAGUUUCUUGAUGAUGAUGAUGAUGAGCCAAAAGAUGAAGUUUCUCCUUAUUUGUGAAAUAAAAACUUCAUUAUCAUAAUAUUACGACUUCAUUCUCGUAAUUUCAGGGAUUUUUUCCUCGCUGUCGUCGUGUGGAACGUUUCUCAGAGCCGUCAGUCUGGUUGCCGCCUGAACUUCCCUCUGUGUGAGGCUGCUGUUCCUAACUCCACCCGUCAGGGCUGCAGAGUUCAGGAGAUCAGAUGCUCCUCUCUGUACAGGACCACUGGUGGAGGUGGGGGUGGGGGUGUGUUGGAUUCACUGCACAGCUGAGACCAAAUGUCUCAAAACUACAGACUGUUGUUUUCAAACUGAGACUUUUCACCAGGACGCAGAAACAAGGAGGGGACGAUGAUGUCAUCGCCUCCUGAGAGAGGAGGUGGUCACCUGCAGGGGGCGGUGUGGGCCCAAGGUCCAGGUGUGUUUGACUUCUGUUGCCACUGUUGUGUGUGUGUGAGUGUUUACAUGCUGGAUUUCUUGGCUCUUGGCGGGUAACUGUUACUAUGACAACAGCCGCACAGCAGUUCGACUGAGCAUGUGCAAGCUCUUGGCGGCAGUGACAUCAUCGUCCUCUCCUGCUGGGAGAAAACAGAAAUAAGGACGUGUUUAGAAAGUGAAUAGAACCAGUUUGAAGUGUUUUCAGGUGUUAGUACGGAGGCUGGGAGGAGUCAAAAAGCUGUUCAGUCAUUUCACCUCCAGGUUUUGUUUUUUACGGCUCUGCUUUUUUAAUUCAGCCUCUGAAUUAGAAAGAUUCUUCUCUGGGUUAAAAAGCUCAUUUCAGUCGUUCAGGAUUUUCAUCAUUAAAGACCUUGAUUUUUAAAUUCAGGCUCCCGCUUUAGUAACUCAGCUCUUUGUUUUUGUGAUUCGGCUUCUCACUUUAGUGAUUUGGGCUCUUGAUUUAACAUCAUCAGAUACAUUUUGCCCUCUUCCCCCUGUAGAGGGCAGUAGCAGGUCAGGUUUAGGUUUUUAUCUGCAGUGUUGUCAGAGUUUAUCCUGCGGAUUAUAUUGACCAGAUCUGUUGGUUUUUAACAGACAGUUCAUGAAUAUAUCUCAAGAGCAGAAACAGUCGUACGCAGCCGACUCCUCCAGGCCUCCGUACAUUUGAUUUAUCAGUUUCAGUAUCAGCUCUGUCGACGUCUCCUCGUCUCUUCUUCUUGUGUUUAAAUACUUGAAGUGUGUUCAGCCUGUCACUUAUUUUCAGGCUGUUUGAUCUGAAAGUGCUCCUCCUCCUGCUCCUCCUCCUCCUCCUGCUCCUCCUCCUCCUGCUCCUCCUCCUCCUCCUGCUCCUCCUCCCCCUCCUCCUCCUGCUCCUGCUCCUCCUGCUCCUCCUCCUGCUCCUCCUCCUCCUCCUCCUGCUCCCCCCCCUCCUCCUGCCCCCCCCUCCUCCUGCUCCUCCUCCCCCCCCCCUCCUGCUCCUACCCUCCUGCUCCUCCUCCUCCUCCUCC